AGUAGACUCCCAACACCACCACUGGCGUUUCUGAGAAUCAGCAGAUAAGUCAGAUAAUCUCCUUGUGGCAAAGAAAGAAUGGACAACUACCCUUCCAAAACUGUGAGAGAGGAAGAAUAUGACUUGAAAUAUGGAUUUACGGCAAAUCUGCUGGUGGAAACCUUAAUGACAAAUGUGAACAGAGCAGUAAGCAAUAACGGGAUGAAAAUACCGAAACUUUCCUCCAUCAGCCAUGACAGACGUAUCAGGCAAGGAAGAGGAACUCACGUUGAUAGAAAUGGUAGUAAUUCAAGAGUUUCUUCAGUUAGCUACCCGCGAUUUGCAACGGAAUUACAGAAGAAACCUCACAAUAAAGAGCAAGAUGGCGCUCCUAAAGACGAAGAUUCUCCUUUACAAAUUCAGAUCACCUCUACCUUCUCACUCAAUCCAAGCAUCUCGUCUGACUCCACUCACAGCAAGAGUUCGGAUGACCCGCAAACAACCUGUUUGAACUCCCACUCCCCUGAAAGUCCACCUCGUUUCUCCCAGUACUCGACUUGUCCCAGUUUGGAUCAGCAGCACGAAACAACAGAAACUGACGCGGAUGCUCGGUCAUAUUCAUCUAUUCCUCUGGAACGUUACAGAAAUGGACAUGAUACAAGGCAAGAUGAACGGGAGGGAAAGAGAGAUGACCGUGGAAAACACCGAGAACGAUGCUUUUUUAUUUGGGAUUAUCCGAAAGGUCAGUUCUUAGUGAAAGGACGCAACGAAAGCGAAAUGCUUCCACCAGGAACGAAUAAUCAGUCAGACAGUUCUUGGUGUAAUUCACUGCCUAUCACUGUAGCUGGAGUAACAGAAACUCAAGUAUGGGAAGAAUCGGUCGCUGUAGAUCUGAAAACCAAUGAAACACAACUGCCGCCACGCUUCGCCUCCGGUGAACAUGUUUCUGAGGUAGUAAAGGAUAUCCAUGAAAACGACGAUAUCACUUGGCUUAUCGAUACACAAACACCACCCGAGGUCUUUCCUGGAGAGCCACUGUUACUUUUGAGACAUCAAACCCUGUCCGAAAAAUCUCUCCACAGUUUAGAUACAAUGAAAAGGGAGGAACUACAACAAGAUGUUGCACUAAGUGGCUGUCCUCGGAUUCUCACAUGUGAAAAUAGUUCCGACUUCAAGGUAAAUUGCGGAGGAAGACAAGGUUUGAAGAGAAAUCCUCGCAACUCACGAAGAUCCAAACGAAAAUAUGAAAAAGCACGGUUUUACCUCACACCAGCACCUGAACCAUUUCAGAACCUAGAGAUGCAGCUGGCUUUAGAAAAUGACAAGGAACCGGUGGUGAAGAUACCAAACUAUUUCUUCGAUGUCACUCCAGACAACAGAGCAAAUCAAAAUCCUCAGGAUUUGAAUGUUCAGGCAGUACAACAGAGUUGCCUACCCUGUCAAAAACCCCCACGCAAACCAGCCAAACCAGUACUCAGUGAGGUAAAAAAUAACAAAGAACACAGGAAGAUGACAACUUUGGAGAAUACUUCGCCAUGCGAAAUUUUCAAUAGGGGUACAAAAACCCUAGAUGUAUACAAACAUUUGAUUAUAGGCCAAGGUGCUCUCAAUUUAAAUGAAAACACAUCUUCUGUCAGAGGCUUUCAAUUGUGCUCAUCCAGAAACGAAAGACCAAAGUCUGCCUUCAUGUCCCAAAGCUCACUAACCAGCGUUUCGUGUCCGCCACCAACUUUAAUUAAUAUCUGUUCAGGACUAACCAGCCGAAAUGAAUAUCUACCCCUGAAGAAAGCGGACAAAACAGUCGAGGGUGCUAGCAUUUCUCAUAGGGCUGAAAACUCUUUGAAAUCAAUGGUAGAUGUUAGCUCUCUUUUUGAACGAUCCAGUGAGUUCUUUGAAUUUCAUGAUACGAUCGCAAAAAGUGUAAGGAAAGCCACGUUUGAAAGAAACAACAGAACUGAGUCCACAGAAUAUGGAUUUCCCUCCAGUAGUUCGCAAAACCAUCAAACAACGAACAUACCAAAAAGAAGUUCGUCGCAAAAGACGAACAUUUCGCCGCAGCUGUGGAGUUCCAAAGCAAAUAAUCCUAGAGGAGGUAAGGAAUGCCUCUCGCGUUCAGAAACUCGUGCUUCGAAAGGAAUCUCGCAUCAUGAUGUGGACUCCACUUACACACAGACAUCUGCCGUUGGAAAUCCGACAAAAGAGGUGCCCAUUGCGGAGCGGAAAUAUCAGUGCGAUGUGUGUGGACGAGCGUUUAGCCGAAGCAACACUUUAAUCACACACAAGCGCAUUCAUACUGGCGAUAGGCCUUUUCCUUGCGAUUUGUGUGGUAGGGCAUUCCGUCAACUUGGAAACCUAACUCGUCAUAAACUGACUCACGCUUCUAUCAAACCUCACGCCUGUCCACAGUGCAACAAGUGUUUCAGCCGCACGUCCAACUUAAACACCCAUAUGCGAAUACACACAAAUUACAAACCAUUUUCGUGCGAUUUUUGUGGAAAGGGAUUCCAUCAGAAAGUCGACAUGAAAAUACAUCGCUACACUCACACUGGUGAAAAACCACACAGGUGCAGCAAGUGCGGUCGAGGCUUCAAACAGCUCACUCACCUGAAGUACCACAUGAGAACUCAUUCUGCCGUUCGAAUGUACAAAUGUGAACACUGCGGCAAAGGUUUCAAUCAGAAAGGAAACCUUCAGGCACAUAUCUAUGGACAUACGGGAAACAGACCGUACAAAUGCGACAUUUGUGGAAAGGGAUUUACCCUCACUUCUACCCUAAACACUCACAAGCGCACACAUGCGCCAGAUAAACCAUUCAAAUGUGAGUUUUGUGAAAAAGCUUUUUACCAAAAGAACGCAUUAAAAACUCACUAUAUAUCAUCUCACCCAUACACAGACGGUGUCUGCCUUCUUUGAAAUGCCAUACGCAAAGGAAGGCUUCACGGCAAUUUUCUUCCAAUAAGAGUCGACUUUUCCUUUCAUUCUUCCACUUUGAAAGAAUGAAAGCAGCUGUCUUGUAUGUAUCCGGUAACAUAAACAAAAUAAGUUCAUUUGUCAUUUUGGAUUCAAGGAAAAAAAACAAAACA